AAGACCGAGUCCGUCCCGUCCUGCCUCGCGCCAUCAUGUCUCCCGCCAUCCUCGCGAACGGAUGACCGAGCUCGCGACGUCACGGGACCGUUGUAAAUAAUGGGGAACGUGGAGAGCCAGUAUGGGAGCCACAGUUUCUAUGGCGAUGGCGAGCGUCAGCUCUCGAGGAAGCGAGUGUCGCGGUCGCUGCGUCUGUCGGGUAAACAGUCGUACUGGAGGAAACCUGAGCACCGUAACUCAGAGACCAGCACGCGCUCCAGCAGCACUCCCAGCAUCCCUCAGUCCCUGGCUGAACACGGCCUGGAACCCUUCGACGACACCGACGCCCUGCCGACCUUCAGCGCCCCCAUCUGGGUGGACCGGGUGGCCAUGAACCUCCAACCCAUCAGCUUUCACGUUAGUCAUGCUAUCGCUAACACUACGGCAAACACUCCCGCUGAUGUGGACGAUCCUGAAAACAGUGGUCCGGACUCCUCCGAACCACCGGGGAGCGCCGCAUCAUUCAAGAACAAACGCUCCAAAUCCGCCGACGUGUGGAAGGACGACUCUCUGGACGUGUCUGUGUCCGACGCCAGUCUGGAGCGCCUGACCAGCACAGAGGAUCUGACGGACAGCGCCAACGCCCCAAACGUCACUCGCUCGAACUCCCUGGAUGAGCUUUUCACCUCACAGGGUUACGCUAGCAAACGGCAGAAGGGCGGAGCUCUUAGCGGGGGUGGGGAGGACGAACGGAUAAUGACAUCAUACGAAGAUGACUGUGCCGCCUACGGAGCGUUCACGCUGCCCUGCCGCCGGUCACACUGUCUGUCAGAGGGAUCGACCAAUCAUCAGGCAGCGAUGCCAGGGAGGCGGGCACAAACCAUACAGGACAUGACCGCGGGGGACGUCGGUGAGGACGGUGUGAUUGAUGCUCUGAUUGGGGACGUCUGUGAGCUGCCCUCUCGCCGGUAUAAAGCCGCGUCUCUGUACUCCACACCAGCGGGGGUCAGCGGAGACGCAUCUGCCAACGAAGUCCAGGGCGUGUACGAGAACUUCCGUCAGGAGCUGGAGAAGAGCAGCUGUAAGGUGGAACCUCUGGAGGAAGGGGCGUCGGCUCUGAGCGACGAGCUGAGCUCGGCUAACCAGACGGAGGCGCUGUUGGGGGUGACUGAGGGCUCCGUGCGGAAAGCUGGACGCCUGAACGUCAAAAAUCAGCUCGUCUGCAAGAAGAACAAGAAGGUGGAGCUCGCUGCUCGCCGCAAGUGGAAGACGUACUGGGUGUCGCUAAAAGGAUGCACUCUGUUCUUCUAUGAGACGGAUGGACGAUCUGGAAUCGACCCCACCAGCGUCCCGAAACAUGCAGUCUGGGCUGAAAACAGCAUCGUACAGGCUGUUCCAGAACAUCCCAAAAAAGACUUCGUCUUCUGCCUCAGCAACUCGAUGGGAGACUCGUACCUGUUCCAGACGUGUAAUCAGACAGAAGUAGAGAACUGGGUGACGGCGAUCCACUCGGCCUGCGCCGCGGCCGCCGCCCAUCAGCAUCACCGUGACGACACCCUGCGCUUCCUGCGCUCCGAGAUCCGGAAGCUGGAGCAGAAGAUCGACAUGGACGAGAAAAUGAAGAAAAUGGGAGACAUGCAGCUGGUCUCCAUCACCGAGGGCAAGAAGAGGAAAACCAUCCUGGAGCAGAUCUCAGUGUGGGAGCAGAAUCUGGAGUGUUAUAACGUGGACUUGUUCAGAAUGAGGUGUUAUUUAUGCAGCCUGCAGGGGGACGAGCUGCCCAAUCCCAAGCCUCUGCUCUCCGUGGCCUCGCGCUCCACCAAACUCAGCAUGGGUCGCCUCGGCUUCUCCGUCUCCUCCUUCCACGCUCUGGUGGUGGCUCGUACUGAGAGUGGUGUUAGAAGACGAGCUCAGGCCGUGUCACACUCGACCGGCAAACGCAAGAGUCGCUUCUCAUCACUGUGGGGAGUCGAGACGAAUUCAAAGAGGAAAAUACACACACACACACACCCCAGCAUAGAACAGGUUUUUGCUGAGGGUGAGGAAACAGUAAAACGAGAUCUGGAGGGAACGAUGGAGGAAACUUCAAAAGAAACCACGAAGGGUGAGCCGGUGUGUGUGGGUGGUGCGCUGAAGGACCGCCCCGCCCCCUCAUGGGUGUGUUUGCCGAGCGGUCGGCCGGUCCUGGCCGUGGUGGAGCCGGGAGAGUCGGUGCUCGACACGCUGGAGAACAUCUGCAAGGAUCAUGAUCUGGACUCCACCAAACACUAUCUGCGCCUCAAGUUCCUGAUCGAGACCCAAGUGCAGUUUUACAUCCCCAAACCGGAGGAGGACGUUUACGACCUGCUCUAUAAGGAGAUCGAGCUCUGCUCCAAGAUGCAGAAGCUGGUUCAGUUUGACCGGGACGAGUCCUGCAUGAUCGGUUACGGUUUCUCCAUCUCGGUGGUGGAGGACGAUGGCGUACAGCAGCUUUACAUCACCGACGUGAAGGCGGGAGGAUUAGCCUUCGCUAAAGGACUGAACGCCGGUGACGAGAUCCUGCAGCUGAACAGGAAACACUCCAGAACUCUGACCUUCUCCGACAUGAAGGCUGCUUUCUCUCAGGCUUCUCUCUCUCUCACUGUGAACGCUCUGCCCCCGGUGGACCGGAGGCAGCACUGCUUUCUGCCGCCCAGACGCUCCGACGCCGUACAGCAACUCUACACCGACAUCUUCUCCCAAAACCAGGAGGAGAUUUUGGAUGAUGGAGUGGGUCUGAUCACAGAGACGUCCGGAGACAGUCUGGAGGACGAAUCGGAACUCUUCAGUGACUACACAGACUACAGAAAGAGUACCGAGCAGGUCGCGGCGUUCUGCCGGAGUCUCCACGACAUGAAUCUUUCCUCUGAGGCGGUGGCUUCCUCUUCCUCCUCCGCCUCGUCUUCCUCGCUUCCUCGUCAGCUCUCGGACGCCGACAAACUCCGCAAGGUCGUCUGUGAGCUGGUGGAGACCGAGCGCACCUACGUCAAGGAUCUGAACUGUCUGAUCGGGAGGUAUCUGACCCCUCUGCAAAAGGAGAGCUUCCUCACCCAGGACGAGCUGGAUGUUUUGUUCGGGAACCUUCCUGAGAUGCUGGAGUUUCAGGUGGAGUUCCUGCGGACGCUCGAGGAUGGAACACGCCUCGUCCCCGACCUGGAAAAGCUGGAACGGGUUGAUGAGUUCAAGAAGGUUCUGUUCUCACUCGGUGGUUCCUUUCUCUACUACGCCGACCGCUUCAAGAUCUACAGCGCCUUCUGCGCCACUCACACCAAAGUCCCCAAAGUUCUGGUGAAAGCGAGGACAGACCCCGACUUUAAGGCGUUCCUGGACGAGAGGAACCCGAAGCAGCAGCACUCGUCCACGCUGGAGUCGUACCUGAUCAAACCCAUCCAGAGAGUCCUGAAGUACCCACUGCUGCUCCGGGAGCUCUACAGUCUCACCGACCCCGAGAGUGACGAGCACUAUCACCUCGACGUGGCGGUGAAGGCCAUGAACAAAGUGGCGAGUCACAUAAACGAGAUGCAGAAGCUUCACGAGGAGUUCGGCGCCGUGUUCGACCAGCUCAUCGCCGAACAGACCGCCGACAGGAAAGAGGUUGCUGAUCUGUCGAUGGGGGAUUUGCUGCUUCACACCACACUGAUGUGGCUCAAUCCACCUUCCUCACUGGGGAAAUGGAAGAAGGAGCCUCAGCUGGCCACUUUUGUGUUUAAAACGGCAGUGGUGUUCGUUUGCCGGGACAGCUCCAAACAGAAGAAGAAAAUGGGCGGAUCACAGCGUGUCACCGGGGAGGAUCGAGACCCCUUCUGCUUCCGCUACAUGAUUUCUACAGAGGCGCUUCAGGUUCGAACCCUGACUGGUGCAGAUGGUAACGGUGCUGCUGUGUGUGAAAUCAUUCACGUCAAAUCGGAAUCAGAAGGACGACCAGAGAGAGUGUUCCACCUGUGCUGCAGUUCUGCUGAGAGUAAGAAGGACUUCCUGAGGACGGUUCAGUCCGUACUGAGGGUCAAACAGAGACGGCAGCUACUGAAGACCGACAGCGUCCCCCCCAGUCAGCAGUACGUCCCGUUCGGAGGGAAACGCCUCUCUGCUCUGAAGGGGGCUCGACCCGCCAUGCACCGAGCGGCCUCCGCCCCUACACGUACGCUGGGUCGGAGAAAACUAGUGCGGAACCGCUUCACCAUCGACACCGACAUCGUAUUCGACACAGACGCCGACGCCGACUCACCAGACUCCCAGAAUUCCCCGCAGCCGGGCGACACAGACCGCUGGGUGGAGGAGCAGUUCGACCUGCAGCGGUACGAGGAGCAGGAGCAGGCGAAGGAGAGCGACAUACUGAGCGACCAGGAGAACCAGGAUGAGGAUCUGGAGGGCCCCGUCUCCACCCUGUCCCUGGAGGACGAAGGAACCGAACCUGACGACGGGCGCGGCGGAUCCCAGCACCCGCUCAAACUGUCCCGCCUGGGGAAGCAGUGCGCCGUGUCCGUGGCCAGCGUGGACGAGCAGGCGACGCCCGGUGACGAGGUGGUGUGGGUGCGGCGGGACGUGAGCGGUGCUGCCGGCGAGACGCAGGACGAGUCACGAAGCUAAAGAGCAGCGGGCGUCUCCCAACGCCACGCCCGAAUCUACAGAGUUUAAUAACGGCGAGGUUACAACAGCUACUGACAGAACCACUGCCAGCAUCGUUCUACUGACCAUCACUGACUUUCUGUUCCAACAUCAGCUGCACCAUCAUUUACACACAUCUCAAAACAUGCCAGUAGGUGUGUUUGCUACUCUGUACAGAGUCUGUUCCUGCUCGCGGUUCAGUGUUUCCAGGAGAGGUUCCAGACCAGGCGGUUAAUAAGGAUAAAUAAAUUGCGUUAUGACCACCAGGGGGCGCCACAGAGCUGCAUAAACAUUUCUAAACCCUUAAUCAUAGCCAGUUCCCCUUCCACUGCUGAACCUGGCGCUGUUUAAAACACCAAACUAAAAUGCUCCAAUUAUGAAGCCUGA